GUUCUCAUCGAAGACAAGAAAUACGCCUGCGAGGCCUGCAUCAAAGGCCACCGUUCUUCCACCUGCAAACACACAGACCGUCCACUCUUCGAAAUCAAAAAGAAAGGUCGCCCAGUCACCCAAUGCGAACACUGUCGCGAACUGCGCAAAACCAAACAAGUUCACGUCAAAUGUGUAUGCGAGUCCAAAUCCGACGAUAACACUACCCCCUCCAAUCCACCCCGACCUAAACCGAAGAAAGCUACCCCUGCGUUCCCUGAUGGCUUGCCUGCAAGUCUGGGAGCGCAGGCGGCAGCAGCCCAGCCGUCUUCAGACGGUUCCUCCGACUCUGACCAGCCUGGUUAG